GUGGAGCAGCCGAGCCAUCCACCGGUCAGAAACGUGCACGCUAAGCCCAGACGCACCAGAAACAUCCAAACAAAGUCGUUGACACUCAUGGCAUCCGCCUCCGGCCAGCCGCUCCUCGCCGGCGAGGACGGCGGCCGCUGCCUUGGGUUUCUCCCACCCUCUAUCCGCCUCAAGACGUCCGUCUGGUCGGAGCUGGGCGGCGCGGUGGGCGACCUGGGCACCUACAUCCCCAUCGUGCUCGCGCUGUCGCUGGCGUCCCACCUUGACCUCGGCACCACGCUCAUCUUCACCGCGCUCUACAACUUCGCCACGGGCUUCAUCUUCGGCAUCCCCAUGCCCGUGCAGCCCAUGAAGUCUAUCGCCGCCGUCGCGCUCUCCUCGGCGCACCUCACCGUCCCGCAGAUCAUGUCUGCCGGGCUCGCCGUCGCCGCCGUCCUGCUGUUCCUCGGCGCCACCGGCCUCAUGACCUACAUCUACCGUCUCCUCCCGCUCCCUGUCGUGCGUGGCAUCCAGCUCUCGCAGGGACUCUCCUUCGCCUUCACCGCCGUCAAGUACAUCCGCUACGUCCAGGACUUCUCCCACUCCUCCUCUGCUUCCACCUCCGUGCCGCGUUCCCUCCUUGGCCUCGACGGAUUGGUCCUCGCGCUCGCCGCGCUGCUAUUCAUCAUCCUCGCCACCGGCUCUGGCGACGAUGAGGACGUCGGCACGGACGGCACGAGACGCCGCCGCCGCUCCUGCAGCCGCGUCCCGGCGGCGCUUAUCGUGUUCGCGCUCGGCCUGGUGCUCUGUUUCGUCCGUGACCCGUCGAUCGUGCAAGGCCUUCGCUUUGGGCCGGCGCCGCUGCGGCUGGUCAAGAUAACGUGGGACGAUUUCAAGAUCGGGUUCUGGGAAGGCGCCGUGCCGCAGCUCCCGCUGUCCGUGCUGAACUCUGUCAUCGCCGUGUGCAAGCUCUCGUCGGAUCUGUUCCCCGAACGGGCCGAGCUCUCUCCGGCGAGGGUGUCGGUGAGCGUCGGGCUCAUGAACUUCGUGGGCUGCUGGUUCGGCGCCAUGCCCUGUUGCCACGGCGCGGGCGGGCUAGCGGGGCAGUACAGGUUCGGCGGUCGGAGCGGCGCGUCCGUGGUGUUCCUGGCCAUCGGUAAGCUGGCGCUCGGGCUCGUGUUCGGCAACUCGUUCGUUAGGAUUCUCGGGCAGUUCCCUAUAGGGAUACUGGGCGUCAUGCUGCUCUUCUCCGGGAUCGAGCUCGCCAUGGCGUCGCGCGACAUGGGUACUAAAGAGGAGUCCUUCGUCAUGCUCAUCUGCGCCAGCGUGUCGCUCACGGGCUCGAGCGCCGCGCUGGGUUUCAUCUCGGGGAUUGUACUGUACCUGCUGCUGCGCCUCAGGGACGUGGACUACCGAGGGCUCGUCGGUCGUUGGGGCGCUGGCCAGCAGCAAACCGGGAACAAAGUUGGACGAGAUGGUGACGAAGAUGCUUGAUCAAGAACAUACAACAUACGAAUUGAAGUGUGCAACUUGACGGUCGACAGCGGGAUGAUCGGGACCAAGCGGAGUGCUUGGUGCCGGACGAUUAAGGAGACCGAGUGGAGUCAAGGAUAAUUCUAGCUAAACACGUGGAGGUCAAGCAAAGUAUGGAAGCCGAAUAAAGACGGCGUGUUGACAAAGUCAAACGAAGGAGAUGCCGGUGCAAGUGACAAGGUGGCCAGAGGGAUCGGGAGCAGGAGAGACUUGUCGGCGGUCAGGAUCGCAUGACGAAGUACACGCAUCGACAUUGAAACGCUUGCUUAAGGUGUAAGCAAGGCGACGAGUCACGCUUUGAGAAGCGUACAGGCGGUUUCGCGGUUUGGCCUCAAAACCGUGGGAGAACUGGAGGAGUACGUGGCACUAUCGCGAAGCUUGCGUCGAAGUGAAGCUAAGUCGUGAAGGCGCCACGGGCGCCCGAUGAAUGGAGAAGAAAAUAAACCAAAAUACACUCGGUGGUAGGUAGAAGUAUACUACAAGAGGGGUAUUUUGAGAAAAAACUAGAAAACUUAGGGGUCAAGUUUCCUAGGUCUAUAAAUAAAGGGGAUAUAAAUAGAGGGGUAGGGCUAUGAGUGAGUUUGAACCAGCUACUUGAACUCCUUUGUGCCACCCAUUUGAGAGUUUAGAGCUAGGGUUUUAGAGGAGAGAAGGAUGAGUCCUUAGCCUACGUAAUAGGUGAGAGUUUUGAGAGAUAAAUCUUUAUAAUCCGCCUAAGAUAGGGCUGGCCUCUUUGAGUAAUUAAGUUUAUAUUUUUGCA